AUGAAUGAUGAGGCGAGCACGCACUACUCGGACAUCUUGGACCAGAUGACGCUGGGCAUGCGCUGGAUCAACUCCACGUUUGGCGCAUGCGCACUUCCCCGCGCCGUCUGGCAGUUGGACCCGUACGGCCACUCCAGGGAGCAGGCUGCCCUCUUCGCACAGAUGGGUUUCGACGGCCUCUUCUUGGGCCGAGUGCAUCACCUGGAGCGACGCUGGAGGGGAAACCAAGACGCCUUGGAGUUCGUGUGGCACGCCGACGAAAAGCUCGAGUGGGAGAUCUUCACCUCAAUUUUGCCCCAUCGUUACUCUCCGCCCGGCAUGGUGAACUUCAGGGAAUACUUUCUCACGGCACCACAGCCCCUCGACUCCCCAAGUGAUGAGUUUCAAGCUGACCCGAUGAAGGCACCACAACCCCUCGACUCCCCAAGUGAUGAGUUUCAAGCCGACCCGAUGAAGACUGGCCGUGGCUACCAGACGCAGCAGCGCAUCGUGAUGUUCGGCGACGACUUCGCCUACACAAACGCCACCGUGUGGUACUCGCAGAUGGACAUGCUCAUCGACACCAUAAACUCAAUGAACGGGAGCCACUACUACGCGUUUUACUCGACGCCCGAGUGCUACCUCCGGUCGGUGCACGAGCAGUGGUUCCGGCGCAAGAAGGGACCUUCGGAGAGCGCGCUCUCCUACAGCGGCGACUUCAUGCCAUACUCGGACCGAAACUUCGAGUGGUGGACGGGUUACUACAGCAACAGACCGCAGCUCAAGUACCACAUACGCCAGGCGUCCAACUUCCUACAGGUUUGCCGCCAGGUGACGGCGCUGCUCAACGUUAUGGAGGAUUCCAAAAUACAAAAGCUGGAAAUGGCGAUUGCUAUGGCACAACACCACGACGCUAUCACGGGUACGAGUAGCAGCGAGGUGGUCGCCGACUUCACUCACCGCAUCAGCACAGCGCUGGACGGUUGUGAGGAAAUCGUCGCCAAGGCCAUCGACAACCUGGCCACCAUCUCGACGAACCGAGUGCUCCUCCCAAAGUUCUGCCGGAAACUCAACCAGAGCGAAUGCCCACCGUCGGAGAGCCUCGAGAGGUUCUACGUGACGGUGUACAACCCGCAGAGCGUCAUGGUGAAGACCCACGUCCGGUUUCCCGUCGCCACGAGCGGUUACAGGGUGGUCAACGACCAGAAAGCCUUCGUUCCGUCGGAGAUCAUUCCCAUCCAGCACGCACUGUUCCACAUUCCCGAGAGGAACAGCACUUCAUUCCACGACCUUGUGUUCCUCGCCACCGUGCCGCCGCUAGGUGUCUCCACCUUCCUCGUGCAGCGGUUCCGCGGGGCAACGUUCCUGAGGCAGCAAAUCAAGGCUACUGAACGUGUACUCUCCGCCGGCACCGACUACAUCCUCAAAAACAAGUGGUACAGCGUGGCGGUGGACUCGAGCAGCUGCCUGUUGAAGAGGGUUUCGCUCUUGGGCCAGAACCAGCACGUGUCCCUGGAACAGUCGUUCGCCGGUUACAGCUCCGAGUACGGCCACGUCCUCUUCGCGCCCAAGGAAGCCAAGGCCGAGGAGUUCCGCGCGAACGCCACCUGCCGCCUCGUAACGAGUACCAUAGUGCAGGAGGUGCACCAGUGGUUCACCCCAUGGCUAAGCCAGGUCAUCAGGCUCUACGUCGACCAGGACUACAUCGAGUUCGACUGGAUCGCCGGACCCAUUCCCACCACACCCCCAUCCAAGCUCGGUUAUGACGUGGUGACCCGCUUCAAGUCCAACCUGACCAACUAUGGCGUCUUCUACACUGACUCUAACGGCAAGCAGACAAUGCCACGAGCCGCCAACGCAACGAGGCCAUGGGACGCGAGCGACAAGAACAAGCGCGAGCGCCAGCUGGUGCAGUCCAACUACUACCCCGUGGUGUCCUGGAUAUAUGUGCGAGACAGGAAGAGACAGCUCCAGAUGAGCGUGCUGCCAGACAGGCCGCAAGGGGGCACCGCCUACCAGCCUGGCACCAUUGAGCUCAUGAUCCACCGACGGUUCAUGGGCCACGACGGCAAGGGAGUCAUGCAGUCUCUAAACGACUUGGGCGUCGACAGGAAAGGCCUGGUGGUCCGUGGUCGCCACCUGCUCCACCUGGGUCGCAUGGACGUAGCCGCUGUGCGCGUCCGACAGCUGGCCAACGCACUCGUCAUGGCGCCCGUCCUCGCCUUCUCCGAGGGAAUCUCGCCACAGACGAGAACGAUCGAGACGCGCAACUUCCGCGGCCUGGGUGCUGCCCUGCCACACGGCGUGCAACUGCUCACCCUGCAGCAGCACGAACCCAAGAGAGUGCUGUUCCGGCUAGAGUACAUGCAACCAGCCAUCGUGCCCCGCGAGACGCCCAUGGCCGACGUGGCCGUACCCUUGCACGCCCUGAUGUCCACGUACGAGACGACCAACGUGCGCGAGGUGACCCUGACGGCGAGCCAGUGGCUGGACGAGCAGCCAGAGCAGUUCGAGUGGAACGUGACGGUGGCCAGCGGACGGCGACGCGGGCACGCGCCCCGGCGAAGCGGGGACGCCUUCGACCAUGACAAGGGCGCCAUCAUCAAGGCCCACAUGGCCGUCGGAGAGAUACGCACCUUCAUCGCCGACCUGGUGCUGCCCAAGUAG